AUGAGACAAUAUGAAAUAAAUAUAUAUAGUGAUAGUAAUAUCAAAGAUAUUACAGUGUUUAAGUUUAAUAAUGUUACAAACACUCAAGAGAUUAUGGAUAUAUUGUUAAAGGGAGAGUUGGAAUGGUCCAUUGUCAAUGCACGUAUAGUUUACGAUGAUCGUCACCUCUUGACUGCUGCAACUCAAGCAAUUCAUCAACUUUGCUCAAAAGGAAAGCUAUCAACUAAUAAUAUACACACUGAAUUAAUCUAUAGAAUGUCACCUACUACAAAUAUAAGAGAUUCAAUAAAGACAUUUGGAUUAAAUAUAGAAGAUAAUGUUUUUUAUAUUGUUUUGUUUGGUGCAACCGAAGAAAGAAUUGAUAGAGUUAGAACAUUGGUUAAAGGUGAUGAAUUGAAAGAAGAGGAAUCAGACGAGGCUUUAAAGAAACAAUACUAUCCAAACAAAUAUUUCGAUUCUCAAAUAGCUAGAAAACUUUAUAGACUACCAGCAGCAGCAGCAGCAGCAGUCACCAACAACACCUCAAAUGACAACCUACAACUAUUGUAUAAAGAUAUUUUAAAUUCAAUGGCGAUCAAAGGUCAUUUAUAA